AUGAUUGACUCCGCAACGAUGAGCGGCGCUCCGGUAGCCGAGGACAACAUUAUCAAUCGGCGCGGUGGAGAGUCGAUCUAUCAAAGUUGUGUCAAUUUGAGGCGGAGACUGUCCGAGGUCCCAAACUUUGAGCCAUACCUGCGAGAAAUGGACGAAGAUGAUGCGUUAAGAGGGAACACAGAUCCGGUGUCUUCUUUGUGGAAUUGUCUCCGGAACGGAUACCCGCUGUUGAGCAUUUAUAAUGCAUCUGGUCCCGAGGACAAAUUGGAAAUUGAUCCUGGCAAGGUGACGGAGGCGAAGCGUCCUAAGGCGGCAACCUUCAAGUUCCUGCAGGCCUGCCUACAGGAUCUGGCAUUUCCUCAGCAAGACUGCUUCCUGAUCACUGACCUGUAUGGCGAGAGCACAACAGGGUUCAUCAAGGUAAUCAAAAUGGUCAAUCGGGUGGUGGAUAUCCUUGAGAUGCAAGGCCAAUUGAAGGAAUCCGAAGUUGCAGAGACACCCACAGGGACAAAGGCCCACGUGAAGCUUACCAAGCGAGAGCAUAUUCUGAAGGAACUUUUGGAGACGGAGCGUGACUAUGUUCAUCACCUGCAAAAUCUUCAAGCGCUCAAGAAGGAACUGGAGGAGACAGGUGCUUUGACAGGCGACGCGAGUCAUCAGAUUUUCCUCAAUUUGAACAAUCUGCUGGACUUCGCUCAACGAUUCUUGAUUCGCAUGGAACAACACUAUGCCCUCCCCGAAGAAAUGCAGAACUGGGGUCAGCUAUUCUUCUCGCACGAAGAUGCCUUCCGGCAGUACGAACCUUUCAUCGCCAACCAGAUGCGUUGUGAUGAAGUUUGUAUGCAGGAAUGGGACAAAAUUGCGAGUGCGCCUCGCCAUGUGGACCUACAACAGAUGGUUGCGCAGCCAAAAACACUGAACGGGUUCUUCGUGAAACCUUUCCAGCGCUUGACUCGAUACCCGCUGAUGCUCUCGGAGCUACGCAAGCAAUUAGAAGACGAGCAACUCCAGACUGAUAUCACUCAUGCAAUUGACUGUAUUCAGGUUGUGCUGGACUAUGCAAAUGAAGCCAUCCACAAAGAGCAUUUGGCCGCCGCGGUGGUUGAUCUUUCCGAACGCGUGGAUGACUGGAAGGCAUUGAAAAUGGAUACCUUUGGAACUCUCCUCCGGUUUGGCACAUUCCAAGUUGUGAAGGGAGACAGUGGAAAGGAUAGUGAAAGAGAGUAUCAUAUUUACCUGUUCGAGCGAAUUCUUCUCUGUUGCAAAGAUAUCAAUCCCAACAAGCAAAAGACAAAACUUAUGAUGCAGAAAGACAAGUCAUCUUUGAACGCGAAAGGAAAGGCUCGUCUUCAAUUGAAGGGCAGGAUUUACAUGGCCAAUGUCACAGAGAUCGUCUGCCUUCAAAAGCCUGGUCUCUAUCGUAUUCAAAUCUUCUGGAAGGGAGAUCCGGGAGUGGUCGAUAAUUUCAUCAUUCGUUAUGUAAACGAAGAUGCCAUGCGCAAUUGGUACAAGGACAUCGAUACUCAGCGCCAAAUCCAGGUAGAGCGACGCACUUUGCGCAAUACUGGUACAUCUGACAGCGAAUUUACAUACAUGGAGGGCAUGGCUAACAUGCCUAACCCCUACCAACAAGAGUAUGAUACCGAGGACCCCAGCAAGGAUCCGUACCGUUCCGAAUUCCCCAUGAGUCGGAAUGCGUCCAGCACCAGCCUCAGGACUCGAUCUGCCACAGGUGGUAGUACUAACUCUUUCCCUAACCCCAACGGUCGACCGCGCUACGCAGGCACUGACUCAACGCUCUCGGUGCACACUCAAUUCUCUGGAAACGGAAAUAUGUCACCCAGUGAUCGAAACGCAAACUCCUACUUUUCCCCUGCAGAGACUCCAUCUACGCGGUCGAGUUCUCAAUCUGGAUUUUCCUUUAGCCGCCAGAAUACCCAUUCUACAGGCGCAUCAACAGUCUGGAACGAGGAGUCAUCAAAUCGAUACACGGCACCAGCAUUGUCUCGUGUGGCAUCGCGAGAAGGCUCAACCUCUGGGGGAUAUUUCCCGCCCCCAGCUAACGGACGAGCCGCUCAGCGUCCGUCUUUGCCGCCGCUCUCGGCCUCUCAGUCGGCUCACUCUGCGCAUGUCACGGCUCGGAUGCGAUCGGCCAGUAGCCCCGACAUUCACCAUCACAAUAACAAUCCCCCGGAGUCACGUCGUUACAUGGGAGUGCACACGAUGCAAACCGUUGAUAAUGUCCCCGUGCCACCAAUUCCCGCGCACAUGGCCAACAUGAAAGCGCCUAUCAGCCGUAGCCAGAACGGUUCGCCCAUCAGCCAACUUCCCCUUCGCACCCAGCCAACACUCCACACCACGCAUUUCAACGAGCCGGAAUAUAAUGAAACUCGCAACUCUGGACAACUCUCCGAUCAUGCAACAUCACCCCUGACCCAAGAGCCAGAGGGGGACCAAUACAUGCCCACUCAACUCAAGGCUAAGGUGAAUUUUGAGGACAACUACGUCACCCUGGUGAUUGCGACCAACAUCCUGUUCCGUUCGUUGACGGACCGCGUGGAUGCCAAGCUAGCUCGGUUCACCGAUCGAUCCAUCGGAAACAAAACCGUUCGCUUGCGCUACCGUGAUGAAGAUGGUGAUUUCGUGACGAUUGAUAGUGACGAGGCAGUCCAGCUCGCCUUUCUGGAGUGGAGGGAGCAACAUCGCGAUAUGCUUGCCAAGGGAUUGGUGGGAGAGAUCCAACUCUACUGUCAAGUUGUUGACUAG